AUCCUUCCAUUUACGGCUAUUCUGGGGUCGCAGAAAAGUCCCACGCGGCCUUCGCGGGCUGCUCACGUCGACUCGUCCGUUCGUUUGUUCGUUCCUACCUCCCCAUCUCACGCAGGACGAUCCGCCCAGUUUUCCGCUCUCUCUUACUGCGUACUUGCGCGCAGCUUGGUGCUGGGAACCACAUCGCGUCUCGGCUAGGCCCGUGCAGCACUCACACACACUCGCGCGCCGGCUUUUCUUCAUCCACCCCCCACCUCCACUCGCACGUAUGGCCUCCGCACUGGGGUUAGCCUCCAUGGUCCCUGCACCCAUCGCCACCGCCCUGCCCGCAUCCGCGUCGGCGGCCGCCUCUUCCUCUGCUUCUGCUUCUGCCGCUGCUGCAGCCGCCGCUGCCGCAGCAGCAGCCGCAGCAGCCCACGGGGCGCUACCCUCACUUGACAACGCUCGGCGCGGCCUUCAUCGGCUUCGCAGUCAGCUGCGUCGCACUCGGCGUGAACACGAACCAGGUGGUGACGUACUUCCACCGGUAUCCCGGGGACCGCGUGUUCUACAAGCUUACCGUCGGUCUCAUAUGGCUGCUGGGGCUCGCGGACCAGGCGUUCAUCGGACACGCUAUGUACUUCUACUCUGCAUCAAAAACUACGCCAAUCCACUCGUCUUCAAAGAGAAGGUCGUGUGGACACUGAUUGCCCAACUUCUUCUCGGAGCUCUGAUUGGAACGAUCGUGCGACUAUGUUUCACGAUGCGUGUCUGGCGGUUCAGCAAACGCAACAUCUUCGUCACGGGCUUUUUGGUCGCGUUGACACUCGCGGAGAUGGGACUCGCUAUUGUUUUCACUCUCCGGAUUUUCCAGAACCCAUUCAUUAAUGUUCUUCCCACUCUCAAAGUUAUCGCUUCUCUGGCAUUGGGCGCUAGCGUCAUCGUAGACGCAGCCAUCGCUGGCGCACUUGCUUUCUUUCUGCGGCAAUUCCGCACGGGCCAUAAGCGCUCCGACUCACUAGUCAACACUCUGACGAUUUACGCAGUCAACACCGGCGCGCUGACAGCCGCCAUCAGCUUGUGCACCCUGCUUAUCUACGACGAAGACCCGUCGCAUUUUAUCUACAUGUCGUUUUACUUCAUCCUGAGCAAACGUGCGGCGUCUCCUCUUCUCUUCUCUUCUCUCCGCACCCAAGCUUACAUGUUCCCGCCAGUAUACUCGAUAUCCUUCCUCACGACGCUCAACACGCGCAAGAUCAUCCGCGGGAAAGGCACUGAGCGGAGCGGCGCGGAUCCGACGUCAGGCGGCACGCGCAACCCGCUCAACAUCUCGGGUAACCAGUUCUACGUCAACCAGCUGUCACGCGGGAACGGCACCCCCGUCAACGGCGGGCACGGUGCGACCUCGUCGUUCUCUGGCCUGCGGAGUAUGGUGGACACCAAGGUCGAUGCAUAUUGGAGUCCACCAGGAGUCAGUGUGGUCUCCGACGUCGACCUCGAGGAGGGGAACAAUUUCAACUACGAGAUGGCCGAGCGUGAGCGGCAGUAUUAUGGCCAUGCGCGGUAGCUCGUCCAGAAAACCCCGCAACUCACACACUCUUUGUAUCUUUCAGCUUUUCUUUCGGGGUUCGAUGUAUCAUUUUAGUCAUGCGAGACGCGUUGAGGAACGAUUAUUCUUCUUUGAAUAUAACCGUGCAUUUCCAAACUU